UUUACUGAGAACAACAUGAAUAUUAAAGGAGGGAUGGAGGAGUGGUCUUAUGCUGAGGGACAACACCCCCUCAGGAGAACUUCUUAUAUAAGCUUGAUAAAACUAAAUGCUGCAGACAUGUACUUCUUUACUCUGGUUCUUGGGCUUUGGCUUCUUCCAACAGCUGACGCUCUGCAAUGUUAUGAGUGUUUACCAAACAAGUAUGGAAGCUGUACCGAGACAACAUCAGAAUGUCCCUCGCAGGAUUACCAAUGUGCUGCUGCAAGAGUAACAACAUUUUUAGGUGAUUCAAAGAUCUCUGACAUCACAAGUAAAAAAUGUGCCCAGGCUAAAGACUGUUUCAAAGGAUCAAUCAACUAUGGAAUUUCCAAAACCAGGAUAAACACCAGCUGCUGCACUGGGAACCUCUGCAACACCAAACCAGCCCCUAAUUCCAGCCUGGUUUCUAAUGGCAGACAGUGUUUCACCUGCAAAGGAACUGACUGCACAGGAUCUUUGAACUGUGAGGUGAGUGAGGACCACUGCAUCAAAGCUACAAUGACUGCAGAAGGGGUCACUAAGAUUUUAAAAGGCUGCACGUCCAAGCAGUUUUGCUCUGCGGAUGCGAUUGCACAAGCCGCUCACAUGACUGGAGUCGACGUAAGUUGCUGCCAGGGCAACUUCUGCAACAGUGCCAGCGGUCCAAUUGGUGGUCUGCUGCUGUUGAUGGUGCCGCUCAUCUCUUUCAUUUUGUUUUCCUAGUGGAUGCAAACAUGAAUAUUCUGCUUUUUAAAUCACAGCCACCAAUUAGAAAGAACAUUGUAUCCAGUGUUUUCCUGAACUUAAAAUAAAAAUGUCUUGAUGUUUGA